UCAAUUUUUUUCUUUACUUUUGAUUACAAUUGGUUUUAUCUGCAAGUGUUUGCACUCUCAAGGGAGGAUAUGUUGAUAUUUACAUUUCUCAACAUUUAAGUUUUCACUGGGCCCAAUUUUUGUUCUGAUAACUCUAGAAGGCAUUUAUUAGUUACAUCACUGACAUAAUUUUCAUUUUCUCAUAAUAGUUAACUGGGUCAAUGAAACCUUUGGGGGCUGCUCAUGAGCUAGCAUUAACAUGAGCUUUUUGGAUGGGGUUCCUUGAUUAGUUACCCUGCGUCACUAUUAAUUUUAGGACUGGUUUUCCCUUCCUAAAACUUAUUGUUAUCUCCAAUGGCCACAUUGUGGAAUUCUUACUUGAAAAAUAUUACUACAGAGUAUACUAUUUUUUGUAAGGGUAAAUCAAUGAGAAGGCAAAUGCAUUAUUCUCAGAUAAACAAUUGAUGGCCUAGGUUUACUGCUUCAUCAUCCAUUUCCAAGCCUUAUUACAGCAUGUUUUAUUCUUUUAAUGGUGAAAAUUUAACACUCUUGUUUCCAUGCCCUCAAGGUUUAAUUUCCUAAUACUAGCAGGUCAAAUCAUUGAUAGCUUGAAACUCUUAUUUCCUAUACUUUAUGCCUGCUCAAGAGGUAUUUCUGAGACUGAACGCUCUGAGUGGACAAAACAAGGAAAAUAAAAAUCAUUCUCCAACUAUGUUAUCUAUGGCUCAAUUCAUCAACCUUUGAGGCUUGAAAUAAAUCUAUAUAUGGGAGAUGAUUUAGGAAAAUAUCCUCAGGAAUUGCUAGGGAGGUUCUAAGAAUACUUUACUGGCUUUUAGCUAUCAAGAAAAGAAUUAUGUAUUGUUUAAUUUGAUUUUAUAUAUACUGUCAUUUCAAGUAAUAAAUGAUACUCUGGAUAAUUUCAUAAUCUAGAAGACUUUCAUAAGCUUUGAAGCUGACUCAAAAUGCUAUUCUAAACAUGCUGAGUAUAAGGGCUAAUAUGUGAAUCCAUUAUGACAUAUAGACAGUAUAAUUAUUUUAAAUACUUUCUAUUCCUGAGCUACUACAGAAAAAGUAAAUCAUCAUUCAUGGUCACAUGUUUAACUAUAUAGUAAAGACAUCUUUCAGUUAAAGUUUCUGCCCUGGGGGAUAAUCUUUAGUACUCAGCAUUCAUAAAUAUUAAAAGUGUGUAUAAUUUGAAAAAGGUUAAUAACAAGUAUUUAUGAAUGCUUUUAUGUCAUGGUAGGUAACUACUAUUCUCUACUAUAAAAAUGUCACUGACUGUAAAAAUAGAUCACAAGGCUCACUGGAUGGAUAAUUGGGCACAAGUGGAAAAUGGUAAAUUGUAGUUUUCUUAAUAUAAGUAGGACUUUGCAUUGGUAAGAGAUUAUAUAACAUAGCUUAUAUAGCUUAAAGAUAAAAUUCCUGCUAACUUUAAUAUCUCAUCUUUUGAAAAGUUAAUUAAAAUACGUUGGAUUUGCUUCAAAAUAAUGAGGGUGAUAUAUAUUAAACAAGAUGGUCUUGUGUUGACCAUUUUUGCUCUUGGGUGUUGGGUAUAUAAAGAUUCAGUAAUAAUGAUCCCUACUUUUGUAUAAGUUUGAAGUCUUCUAUAGUGAAUUUUAUGAGUAUAUAGGUAUCCUAUGAAAAUAAAGUUCGGGGCUAUUAUACAAAUGUAUUUUUGAAGAGAGAAAUAUAUAUUGUGGAAUAUAAAUUGAAUUCAACACUAAAAAGUCAGACUGCAGUUCCACACGGAGACUCUGGGCGCCGCUGUCGGCCAGUGCAGGGCAAGCGCUGGCGCCCAGGAUUCCUCAGACUCUAGCCUAGGAUUUCCUGCGCAGCCUCCAACACAGAGGGAAACCCGCUGACUCUAGGGCUCCCGGCUGCGCAGACUCGCCCAGCACAAGCGGAAUCCCAGCCCCAAGACUAGGGGCUCCGCGUGUCCUGGGCUGAACGCUCUUCCAGUGCGAUAGCGAGCACUUUCUCCAACUGGAAAGACUGAGACCCAGCGGCAACUGGAGCGCAAGAUGGGAGGGAGCUGCGCGCAGAGACGCGGAGCCGGCCGGCUGCAGGUACUGUUCCCCCUCCUGCUGCCUUUGUUCCACCGCGCGCUCUGCGAGCCGAUCCGCUACUCGAUUCCCGAGGAGCUGGCCAAGGGCUCGGUGGUGGGGAAACUCGCGAAGGAUCUAGAGCUCAGUGUUCUGGAUGUCUCAGCUCGGAAGCUGCGAGUUAGCGCGGAGAAGCUGCUUUUCAGUGUAGACGCGGAGAGCGGGGACUUACUGGUGAAGGACCGAAUAGACCGUGAGCAGAUUUGCAAAGAGAGAAGAAGAUGUGAGUUGCAGUUGGAAGCCGUGGUGGAAAAUCCCUUAAAUAUUUUCCAUAUCAUUGUGAAUGUCGAGGAUAUUAAUGACCAUGCCCCUCAAUUCGAUAAAAAGGAAAUACAUUUAGAAAUUAUUGAAUCUGCAUCUGCAGGUGCACGAAUAUCCCUUGACCCUGCCAUUGACCCCGAUAUAAACGUGAACUCCAUUAAAGAUUAUCAGAUAAACCCUAACCCUUAUUUCUCAUUAAUGGUUAGAGUUAAUUCCGACGGUGGCAAAUACCCAGAGUUGUCCUUGGAGAAACCCCUAGACCGGGAAGAGCAGCAGGCUCACCGCUUGGUAUUGACUGCCUUGGACGGAGGGGACCCGCCGCGAAGUGCCACAGUGCGAGUAGAAAUUCUUGUCAGGGACACCAAUGACAACCCCCCAGUGUUCAGCAAAGACGAAUAUAGAGUCAGUAUAAGCGAAAGUCUGCCCCCUGGGUCCUCCAUAUUGCAGGUGACAGCCACUGAUCAGGACGAGGGGGUCAAUGCCGAAAUAAAUUACUACUUCAGGAGCACUGAUCAGCGUACGAGGCACAUGUUCUCAUUGGAUGAGAAAACAGGCAUGAUUAAGAAUAACCAGUCGCUGGAUUUCGAGGACAUGGAAAGAUAUACUAUGGAAGUGGAAGCAAAGGAUGGAGGUGGUCUCUCUACCCAGUGCAAAGUAAUCAUAGAAAUCUUAGAUGAAAACGACAACAGCCCAGAGAUAAUCAUCACUUCUCUCUCUGAUGAGAUUUUGGAGAAUUCCCUCCCAGGAACGGUUGUGGCCCUCUUCAAGACAAGGGACCGCGAUUAUGGAGGAAAUGGAGAAGUCAUAUGUAAUAUAGGAAGAUUCGUUCCUUUCAAGAUUUAUUCCUCUUCUAAUAAUUACUACAAGCUGGUGACGGAUGGGGCUCUAGACAGAGAGCGGACUCCAGAAUACAACGUCACCAUCACAGCCACAGACAGAGGAAAGCUGCCCCUCUCCUCCAGCACCACCAUCACUCUGCACAUCACCGACAUUAACGACAACGCCCCGGUUUUCCAACAGUCCGCCUACCUGGUUCACGUGCCAGAAAACAACCCGCCUGGGGCCUCCAUAGCACAGGUCAGCGCCUCCGACCCCGACCUGGGACCCAACGGCCAAGUCUCCUACUCCAUCGUGGCCAGCGACCUGGAGCCACAGGCGCUGUCGUCCUAUGUGUCCGUGAACCCGCAGAGUGGCGUGGUGUUCGCGCAGCGCGCCUUCGACCACGAGCAGCUGCGCGCCUUCCAACUGACGCUGCAGGCUCGAGACCAGGGCUCACCCGCACUCAGCACCAACGUCAGCCUGCGCGUGUUGGUGACCGACCGCAACGACAACCCGCCAAGGGUGCUUUACCCAGCGCUGGGGCCCGACAGCUCUGCGCUCUUCGACACAGUGCCGCGCGCCGCUCAGCCCGGCUACCUGGUCACCAAGGUGGUGGCGGUGGACGCCGACUCGGGACACAAUGCCUGGCUGUCCUACCACGUGCUGCAGGCCAGCGAGCCUGGACUGUUCAGCCUGGGGCUGCGCACGGGCGAGGUGCGCACAGCGCGUGCUUUGGGCGACAGAGAUUCGGCCCGCCAGCGCCUGCUGGUCGCUGUGCGUGACGGGGGACAGCCGCCUCUCUCGGCCACUGCCACGCUGCUGCUUGUCUUCGCUGACAGCCUACAAGAGGCACUUCCGGAUCUUAGCGACCUCCCCAUGCCAUCUGACCCCCAGGCUGAGCUGCAGUUUUAUCUGGUGAUGGCCUUGGCCUUGAUCUCCGUGCUCUUCCUCCUGGCGGUGAUUUUGGCGGUUGCGCUGCAUCUUCGACGCUCCUCCAGCCCAUUUGCUUGGGGCUGCUUUCAGCCUGGUUCCUGCUCCAAGUCUGGGCCUGUGGUCCCUCCCAACUACAGCGAGGGAACGUUGCCCUAUUCCUACAAUCUGUGCGUUGCCCAAGCUGGAAAGUCAGAGUUUAAUUUCCUACAAUGUAGAGAGCCCUUGCAUUCCACUCAAGACAUAGUUUGUGGCGAUUCUCCUGGGGCCUUAAUUUCACUUCAGGGUGAAAAAGAUUUGACUUCACAUCCUGAAACCCUCACACCGCAAGCCCCACCCAACACGGACUGGCGUUUCUCUCAGGCCCAGAGACCUGGCACCAGCGGCUCCCAAAAUGGCGAUGAAACCGGCACCUGGCCCAACAACCAGUUCGACACGGAGAUGCUGCAAGCGAUGAUCCUGGCCUCCGCCAGCGAAGCUGCUGACGGGAGCUCCACCCUGGGAGGGGGCGCCGGCACCAUGGGCUUGAGUGCCCGCUACGGGCCCCAGUUCACCCUGCAGCACGUGCCCGACUACCGCCAGAACGUCUACAUCCCCGGCAGCAACGCCACGCUGACCAACGCGGCGGGCAAGCGGGACGGCAAGGCCCCGGCAGGCGGCAACGGCAACAAGAAGAAGUCAGGCAAGAAGGAGAAGAAGUAAAGCGGAGGCCGGCCCGGAGCCACAGGGCCCCCUCCCCCCAGCCCGCCCUGCCUCUCCCACCUGGACCCAGGACCGGGGUUUCCAGGGCUCACCCCCAGGAUCCUGGCGGCCGGGGACACGCUCCCCUUGGGAAACAGAAACAAGUGCCCAGUCAACACCCCCUCUCUGCCCCCAGGGGAUCGAAUAUGCAAAGGGAGUUCUGCUGGGAACCCCCGUCCAAUCAACGGCUGUGCCGCGGGCCGCGGGGCAGUGCGCGCAGCGCUGAUCGCGCUGCUGCAGUCACAGCUGAACUCCCCCACCUCCAAACCCAGUCAGGCCCCAGCAGGACCACCGCCCGCCCCCUCCCGCCCAUGCCACCCCCUCCUUCAGCAGCUCCUCUUUCUUCAGUAAGGUGGGUGGGGUGUUGAGGUACCUGGUGACCUAAAAAGGUUCCUAGUUCUGAAGAGUUGAAAGGGCAUCGUGACCUCUUGGCCUAUCUUUCAAUUCUCAAACUUCCCCCAAAGCGUGGUUUGGUGCCAGGCCUUCGCCUCCUUCCUCAGCCUGAGACCCAGCUCAUGUUUUGGGAGACACGGUCACCAUUCCAUGGUACUGAUGCUUGCUGGAUUCAGGGAGGGCAUUUUGCUGCCAUGCCUCUUCCCGAUGCCCUAGGGACCAGUCGUUCCGUUUCGUUUUGUUUUGUUUUGUUUUUCAUUGUUUGAUGUUCCCACUGCAUGCUGUGGCUGCCCCUCCCUAAACCAGAGACUUCACUGCAUGUUCCACGACAGUGUGGGGUGGUCGGACAAAGAGGGAAAGAGUGUGUAUGUGGCGGGGGAGAGGGUGGAUACAUCUUGACCCAUCAGUUAACAGUUAUCAGGAGGCUCUGUAUGUCCCCAGGGUACUGACCAGAGCUUUCCAGCCAUAAACCAAGAACCCGGCUGGACCCUCACCUCCCACAGGCUCGGGGCUGAGCGGCCAGCACCAAUGAUCUGAACUGGCGUUACAGUCCGAGGAAGGUCUGAGCAGGUUCGGGACCAGGUCCCCUGGAGAGAUCAGAGGGGCCUCUGAGGGUGCUGGGUACUCCGGAGGUGCCAAUAGUGGAAGGAUCAGUAUGCCCCCCGCCCCCAGGCCUGGAAGGGAGGGCCAGCUAGGCCGUUCAUGGUUGCUGGGCUGGGGAGGCAGAGGGGCUAGAGCAGGGAUCAAGUGGACAGAACGUCUCAGCCGCAGGAUCAGGCUUCUCCACGGGGCCCCUGCAUUCCCCAAGGCUCGGUCCUUCACCUUGCCAGGUGCCAUUUUUUCUCUGUUAAGGCCACUGCCCAGGCCCCCGGUGUGCCCCCUAGUGGCCAGGGCCUGGUUCAAGUCCCUAGUGCCUCCUUGUGCAUAAACCUAACUCUGCCCACCCACUUCUACCCCCGAGUCCCGUUCAUGCACGGGGCUGAGUGAGAACCCCACCCUAGUCCUUACAGUAGUGUAGAGACCCCUCCCUCCCUCCUUUGGCUGGUGUAGAAUAGCCAAUAGUGUAGUGCGGUGUGCUUCCCUGUGAUGGCGAGGUGGCAGCGGGCAGCGGGCUCCGCGCAGCCGUCUGUCCUCGAAUUUGCCUGCGGCGGCCCGUGCUGUGUUUUGUGCUGUGUC